UCGGUUCCAUCUGAAAGUGGCUGCAGAGCUUUUCAUGUACAUUCUUCAAUAUUCUGUGUUCUUGAAUAACAUAUUUAUUUUCUAUAGGAGUUAGAAUUAUGAUUGAUAUCUCUUGGUAUAGGUGUGAUGAGAAAGCUCUAGAAGACUCCUUAUGCAAAAGAGUGAUGGUGACUCGUGGUGAAAGCAUUACAAAGUCGCUUGACCCUGGUAGUGCAGCUCUAAGCAGAGAUGCUCUUGCCAAGAUUGUCUAUUCUAAACUGUUUGAUUGGCUUGUGACUAAGAUCAAUAACUCCAUUGGACAAGACCCAAGUUCAGAAUACAUUAUUGGAGUCCUGGAUAUAUAUGGAUUCGAGAGUUUUAAGACAAACAGCUUUGAACAGUUUUGUAUAAACCUGACAAACGAGAAGCUGCAACAGCAUUUCAACCAGCAUGUGUUCAAAAUGGAGCAAGAAGAGUAUACUAAAGAAGAAAUUGACUGGAGUUACAUAGAGUUCAUUGAUAAUCAAGAUGUUCUUGACCUUAUAGAAAAAAAACCUGGUGGCAUUAUUGCCCUUAUCGAUGAGGCUUGUAUGUUUCCAAAAUCAACACAUGAUACACUUGCGCAAAAGCUAUACCAGACAUUUAAUGGCCACAAGCGUUUCACCAAACCAAAGUUGGCUCGUACAGACUUCACCAUCUGCCAUUAUGCUGGUGAUGUUACUUAUCAGACUGAACUGUUUUUGGACAAGAACAAAGAUUACGUUGUUAGAGAACAUCAAGCCCUCAUGAACUCUUCAGAUUGUUCCUUUGUCUCAUCUUUGUUUCCAAAACUGCGAUUGGAAUCAUCCAACUCAUCAAAGUUCUCAUCAAUAGGCUCUCAAUUCAAGCAACAACUACAAUCUUUGCUCGAGACGUUGAACACCACAGAGCCACACUACAUACGUUGUGUUAAACCAAAUAACGUUCUUAAGCCAGAGAUUUUUGAGAACAUUAACGUUCUGCAUCAACUUAGGUGUGGGGGGGUCUUGGAAGCCAUUAGGAUUAGCUGUGCUGGAUACCCUACUAGAAAGCCUUUCAGUGAAUUUUUAACUAGGUUCAGAAUUUUGUUCCCGGAGGCUACAAACAAAAGCUUUGACGAAGUUGAAGCUUGCAAAAAGCUACUAGCAAAAGUGGAGCUAAAAGGUUUUCAGAUAGGGAAGACAAAGGUGUUUCUUAGGGCAGGUCAGAUGGCAGAACUGGAUGCUCACCGAUCUGAAGCUCUUGGCCAUUCAGCGAGGAUCAUACAGAGGAAAGUCCUAACUUAUCAGUCUCGUAAAAAAUAUAUGAUGUUGCAGUCUGCUUCAAGAGAUAUCCAAGCCUUUUGUAGAGGGCGCAUGGCGCGGCUUCAGUUUGAGUCCAUGAGAAGAGAAGCAGCUUCUCUGAGAAUUCAGAAGCAGGCGCGGACGUAUAUAUGUCAAACAGCCUAUAAAAAUUUGUGUAUUUCAGCUGUUUAUAUUCAGACUGAGUUGCGUGCAAUGGCUGCUCGAGUUGAACUUCAGUACAGGAAGAAGAGACAUGCGGCAAUUAUUAUUCAAGCAAGUUUUAAAACCUCAUUUUUUAUGACAAAUAAUUUUUCAUUCUUUUUGAUUAUCAAUAACAUGCAAAAGUUACUUAUUCCACAGAGUCAAAUCAGAAGAUGUCUGUGUCGUCGUCGGUAUUUAAGAAUGAAGAAAGCAGCUAUUACCACUCAGUGUGGCUGGAGAGUAAAAGUUGCACGCCGAGAAUUGCGGAAGCUUAAAAUGGCUGCUAAGGAAACAGGAGCCCUCCAAGAAACUAAUACUAAGUUGGAGAAGGAAUUAAAAGAGCUCACUUCAAUCUUAGAGCUUGAGAAACAGACGAGGAUGGAACUUGAGGAAGCCAAGAAUCAAGAAGUGGAAGAGUUGAAAGCAGCUUUAAAUGAUAUGAAACUUCAGCUGGGGGAAACUCAAGAAACCAAAAGCGAAGAGAUCUUGAAGUUGCAGUCCGCUUUACAGGACAUGCAAUUAGAAUUUGAAGAACUUGCUAAGGAUCUUGAGAUGACGCAUGAUCUUGCCGCAGAAAAUGAAAAUCUCAAGGAGUUGGUGAGCUCAUUACAAAGGAAAACUGAUGAAUCCGAGACCAACUAUGAAGAAACAGGUAAGCAAAGUGAAAAACAGGAGGUUCCCGUCAUUGACAAUGAUGUAAUCAUCAAACUCGAAGCUGAAAAUCAACAACUAAAGGCGUUGGUCAGUUCAUUGGAGGAGAAAAUAGAUGCCUUAGACCGAAAACACGACGAAACAAGCUCAAACAUCACAGAGCAGUUGAAGGAGAGUGCUUCAUCUGAUUAUGAGAUUGUCAGUGAUCUUGCAGCUGAGAAUGAACGUCUCAAGGCACUGGUGAGUUCGUUAGAGAAGGAAAAUAACAAAAAAGAUGGGAGUGAUUCAUCAAACGAGCAAAAGGAGGAGGGUACACACAUGAUUAAAGAAGAGAGUUCAACAGAGGAUAUUGAUAAUGAAAUUACCAAAAAACUUGCUGCUGAAAACAAAGAACUAUUUGAUCUGGUAGAUUUGUUGGAAAAGAAAAUAGUUGAAACAGAGAAGAAGUAUGAGGAAGCAAGUAGACUUUGUGAAGAGAGGCUUCAGAAGGUUGUAGACACAGAGAAUAAGUAUGAGGAAGCAAGUAAACUUUGCGAAGAGAGGCUUCAGCAGGUUGUAGAGGCAGAGACAAAACUAAUCGAGUUAAAAACAUCCAUGCAAAGGCUUGAGGAAAAGGUCUCUGACAUGGAGACAGAAGACAAGAUUCUCCGGCAGCAAGCACUAGCUCAUUCAGCUUCCCGGAAAAUGUCUUCUCAGAUGUCAUUUACAGGACCUCCGCCAAUGGAGAACGGACAUCAUGCAUCAUUGGCUCCUAUACCAUCAAGAAGGUUUGGGACAAUUUCUUUCAGGCGAUCUCGGAUUGAACGACAACCCCAUGAAUACGUUGACGUCCUUAUCAAGUUUGUUUCACAAAAGGUCGGAUUCAGCCAUGGGAAGCCUGUUGCGGCGUUCACAAUAUACAAAUGUCUCAUACACUGGAAAGUAUUCGAAGCAGAGAAGACCAGUAUCUUUGAUCGUAUGGUUCCUGUUUUUGGUUCUGCUAUUGAGAAUCCGGAAGACAAUGAUCAUUUGACCUAUUGGCUAACAAACACAUCUACGCUACUGUUCUUGCUUCAAAGAAGCUUGAAAAACCAUAGCACAAGCAGUGCAAGUCCGAGGUUACCUCCUCAGCCGACUUCAUUUUUUGGUAGGAUGACACAGGGUUUCCGUUCACCCUCUUCGGGAAGCCUUUCAGGAGACGUAGUGCAACAAGUAGAUGCUAAAGUUCCGGCUUUGCUUUUCAAGCAGCAGCUCACAGCUUACGUUGAAACGAUAUAUGGAAUAGUGCAAGAGAAUGUGAAGAGAGAAUUAGAGCCCGUGCUUUUGUCAUGCAUUCAGGGACUGAAAGAUUCAUCAAAUGAGCCCUCUUCAGAUGACUUACCAGCUCAGUCAUCUGAACAGAACUCACCAGCAAAGUCAUCUGAGCAGAACUCACCAGCAAAGCCAUCUGAAGAUAAGAUUCCACCAGAAAAGCUGCCUGAAGGUAGUUCACCAGAAAAGCCGUCUGAAGAGGAGGACCCACAUGCAAAGAUAUCUGAAGAGAAUACACCGGCAAAACCAUCAGCAGAGAAUGCACCAGAGGAAACUUGGCAAGGCAUCAUAGAUCUAUUGAACCGGCUUCUCGGCACAUUGCAGAAAAACUACGUUCCUCUGUUUCUUGCUCAGAAGAUAUUCAGCCAAACAUUCCAAGGCAUCAACGUUCAAGUCUUUAACAGCCUCAUGCAACAAGAAUGCUGUACAUUCAACAUGGGCAAAAGGGUGAAUGCUUUCUUAAAUGAACUAGAGGCAUGGUGUAGCCUAGCAACUGAAGAGUUUGUAGGGUCUUCAUGGGAUGAACUCAAACACACAAGACAAGCCGUGGGGAUCCUGGUUACAGAACAAAAGUCCACGAUUACAUAUGAUGAUCUUACCACUAACCUCUGUCCGGCUCUUAGUACUCAGCAACUGUAUAGAAUAUGUACCCUCUGCAAAAUUGAUGACGACAAGGAUCAGAACGUAUCGCCAGACGUGGUUUCCAACUUGAAACUACUAAUCACAGAUGAAGAUGAAGACAGCCGUUCGUUCUCGUUAGACAAUGAUUCCAGCAUCCCCUUUGCAGCAGAUGAGAUCUCCAACUGCAUGCAAGAAAAGGAAUUUACCAAUGUAAAGGCAGCGAUCGAACUCGCUGAUAACCCUAACUUCCACUUUCUAAAGGACUGAGACCUAUUUGGUCCGUUCUUCAUCUGACAACUGAAAUUGUACAGUAUUCGUUUACUCCCUCGCAUAGAUUUACGCUAUGUAGAAUCCUACAAGUUUCGUCAAUAGGGGUUUCAGAGGGCAUCUUGAACUUACGUCUCUCCUGAUUUGAUUCUUACGUGUUCAUUCUCUUCAGGGAGGUUAGGUUAAAGCAGACAAUAUUUUACUUGUGUGGCAAGAAACAUCUCUAUGUACAACUAUUUUUUUUGUAAUCGGUUUUUUAACCUUUUGUUAUUGGAGAAAUAUUGAUAGAGACCCUUACUGGGUUCACACACAAUAUUGGCAUUACCAUAUUUUUAAAUUUGUAUGAUUUUGCA